AUGGGCGGCGCUCCAAUGGGUGCCAGCAGCCUCUCCACCAUGCUGUUUGGCUUCAUCUCUGUUGCCACAUUCUUCUACAAAUACGGGCCAGUUGUGAGGGUGGGCCCCAAGGAAGUGUGCUUCAGCGACGCGUCGGCCUUCAGGCAGAUAUACAACACCAAGGAGACAUUUGUCAAGUCUCCGCUGUAUGAGACCAUUACCGACUCCCCCGCGCCCUCCAUUUUCAGCACUGCCGAUGUCGAAUUGCACAGGCGACAUCGACGGCUCCUGGCUCCCGGCCUCUCUGAGACCUCGGUGUCCCAGAUGUGUUCAUCGGUUCACUCGAAGGUCGCGUUGGCGGUCCAGAGGAUGAAGGAAGAGACGGAGGAGAGAGGAGCUGCGGACGUUUACAAGUGGUGGACUUUCAUGACUUCGGAGAUCACAGGGGAGCUGACAUUUGGCCAGUCCUUCAGGAUUCUUGAGGAAGGCAAGUUCACCAGCGACCUGGGCAAUGGGGGCGCGGUACUGGCUGCUCUACGACUCACACUGCCAUUCGUUAUCAAGAUCGCCGAACACAUACCGCUCGGGAUUGUCACUGCAGCCUGCAGGGCCAGGAAGCAGACCUUCAGACGCGCCGAUGAAAUGCUCGCAAUGCAUCGACAGGCCGUCAUGGCAGACGCGGAGAACCCCAAGCAGUCCUUCUUCACGAGACUGUUCUUGGCAGAAAGUGAAGAGAAGCUCACCUGGCAAGAGGUCAGAAGCAAUGCUCUCACAUUCCUUGUGGCCGGCACCGAUACCACCGCAGACACCCUAACCUAUCUGGUCUGGGCCGUCUGUCAGAGGCCACCAGUAAAAGCAGUACUUCUGCAAGAGCUGAGUCAACUGCCAGAGAACUUCGACGACACGCAUCUCAAGUCUCUGAGCUAUUUGAACCAGGUCAUUGAGGAGACGCUACGUCUCUAUCCUGCAGUUGCGACGGGUCUCUUGAGAGUUGUACCUCCCGGAGGAGCAAACAUUGCUGGGCGCCACAUUCCAGGCGGAUCAACCGUGAGCUGUCAGGCGUACAGCUUGCAACGCGACCCGCAAGUCUUCCCGAGGCCAGACGAGUUCGACCCAGCCCGAUGGGCAAGCCCCACAAACGAGAUGAAGCAAGUGAUGAUGGUCUGGGGCGGGGGGGCACGAGUCGCCUAG